UCUCGCGAGGUUAUGAAACGUGCACGUUUUAAAACACUCACUUGUCCCGCAGAAUGGUCUGCAAUUCCUUGACCUGGUCAUUGGUCGGCAGGAUCUUGAGGUUCUGACCGUAUUCCUCUUCGGAAAUGUCAUUCUGUGGCUGAACAGCGCAGCCGUUCUCCGGCAGCAGUUUCUUCGUUGCUGCGUCCGCGCUACCCAUUUUACUACUGUCGUCCGAGCUGCCGCCGUUCUCGACUACGCUUUCUAGAAUCAUAACUUGCGAGCAAAGGCCUGCCAUUCCCGAGAAAAGAGCCCGUAGUUCCAAGUUCGUGCAAUAUUAAUAUAGGUCGUUGUGCGCACACUCGCGAUGAGACUGCUGUCCAGCUGUCGCGACUGCACGCGGAAGAACCAAUCGCUGUGGUUCAAUGGUUUCGAAUCUGAAGUUUGUUCGCUCAAACAGCUCGUGAUUGGAGCUCAUUGAUUCGACAUCAGCUGAUAUACUUGAUCGUGGAGUCGUAGGAACGGACCUUUAAAUUUACCAAGGUUCGCACAUGUAUUUAUGCGCAGGUCAGCAGCCCUCGCAGCUGUUUUCGUGAUCUUAAGUAUAGGGGCCGCUUUUUCUCUGCCCCAAUACCUAUUAUACGUGUCGUCAAUGAAAAACUCCGAAAUCGAAUGUAAUUAAGCUAAGCUAGUCGGCGUCCUGUGAUGCUCCAAGUAGUCCAUGUGUAAAUUGUCGGGAGACACGUCACGAGUUGUUACGGCUUAUCGGGGCUGUUAAAAUUUUUGUUUAUGCUUAUUUGAAAUAUACGAUAUCAUGUGGGCGGACACAGUUUUAAUUUUGUUUAUUAGUAUAUGCACGGCCCUUUUGGGAGAAGGGUUAACUUGGCUGAUGGUGUACAGAACUGAGAAAUACCAAAAACUAAAGGCUGAGGUGGAGAAACAGAGUAAAAAAUUGGAGAAGCGGAAAGAAGCACAUGGCGAUUCACUGGAUAAACAGCAGAAGAAGAAAAUUGAGCGGGAAGAGGAGAGAUUAAAAAAUAACAACAGAGACUUAUCGCUUGUCAAAAUGAAAUCAAUGUUUGCUAUUGGUUUUGCUUUCACAGCUCUUCUGAGUAUGUUUAAUAGUAUCUUUGAUGGACGAAUUGUGGCAAGGCUGCCAUUUGUUCCUAUCAGCUGGAUUCAGGGAUUGUCUCAUCGAAAUCUUCCAGGAGAUGACUACACCGAGUGUUCUUUCAUAUUUUUAUACAUUCUGUGUACAAUGAGCAUUCGACAGAAUAUACAGAAAUUGCUUGGUUUUGCACCUUCUCGAACUGCCAGCAAACAAAGUGGUAGCAUAUUUGGACCACCCCCACAGCAAUUUAAGUGAGAAGAUAUAGUGUUUUCAGAAAACGAGUGCAGAAGCAAUAAAGUAAUAGAACAUAAGACUGUUUUGUGUGCAGAGAUGAGAUGAAUGGUGUUGGAUAAAUGAAGUUUAUCAUCAAACCAAUAAAAUAAUGUUUGUACAAUUUAUUUACAAAAUAUUUUACAGAUCACCUUAUAUCUUACCAAAUAUUAAUCUCUUUUACUGAUUCUGAUGUAAUAAAUCUUUGAAAACUCAA